AUGGAGUCUCAAAACAACAACAUCACAGCACCCUUUGUUUUGAAGACUUAUCAGAUGGUCAGUGAUCCAGUUACGGAUACUCUAAUUAGCUGGGGCAAAACCAACAACAGUUUCAUCGUCAUCGACCCUUUAGAUUUCUCUCAGAGGAUUUUGCCUGCGUACUUCAAACACAACAACUUCUCUAGCUUUGUUCGACAAUUAAACACCUAUGGUUUUAGAAAAGUCGAUCCAGAUAGAUGGGAAUUUGCAAACGAGUGGUUUCUUAGAGGGCAAAAGCAGUUGCUGAAGAAUAUAGUUCGCAGGAAGCAUAGUAAUAAAGGGUCAUCAUAUCAACAAGUAAACAUAAAAGGUGAAGAUUUUGAUGAUGAAGAUAUAGUUAUGGAGAUAGAAAGGUUGAAGCAAGAACAGAAGGUCUUAGAGCAAGAACUUGCAGGCAUGAACAAGCGUUUAGAGGCAACAGAAAGACGUCCACAACAAAUGAUGGCUUUUCUUUACAAAGUUGUUGAAGAUCCUGAUCUACUUCCUCGUAUGGUUCUUGAAAAAGAACGUACAGGGCAGAUAAAAGACAAGAAACAGCGUUUAAUGAUAUCUUCUUCGUCUACAUCAUCCUCUGGCAUGGCAGUUUCAAGCACUUCACCAACGAUAAAGUCUGAAGAGGAUCAGGAAGAAGGUUCUACAGGGGUAAUAUCUUCACCAGAAACUGCUUUUGAUGUAGAUAAAUUUUGUCAAUCAUCACCCUCACCUCAUGAGUCAAAUCUUAAUCCUAUAGGAUGGUUAGGUCAAGUGAACUACGGUUGUGCCAUGGCAGGGCCUAGUCCAUUAACUACAGUUUCAAUGGGUGCAGGGAUUGGGAGUACGGUGGCCGUGUUGCCGCAAGGGAAUAGUGUGACAGGAUAUGGUGGUGAUUGGGGUGGCCACAUGAACUAUUUGGGAGAAUUGGCGGCGGGGGUGGAGGAUAGGCCACCACCGCCUUAUCCGUUUUCUCUUUUGGGAAGUGGCUUUUAG